AUGCCUCGCAAAAAUCCUCCAGACUUUAAUUUUGACUGUACGAUAUUCGUAUCGAUGUAUGAAACACAGUUUAGGGGAAUCUAGAAAGUUUGAACCCUCUCCGAAAUCGGAAAUCGUCCCGUAUGUUAGGCGUUUCGAAGGAUUUGAUAGGUAAGCUCUUUUAUUCGUUAUUUGCCUGCGAAGACUUUCGCCUAACCAGGUUUUGGCGUUCACUUGGGGACUUCAAGAAUCGGUUGUAUUUUUACUUAUCAAUAUAGCUUUAGUCUGCCGAUUAUUCCCAUCAACUUGGCCGUUUUAUGAAGGGCUUUGACCUGCAUCCUGCUGACGACUCGUUACUUGCUAGAGGUAAUUUCGGUUAUCGCUCUAUCUUCCAGUCCUCAGAAUGUCUUUUCAACUAAGGUACUACAAGGCCAUCUUGAAGAAAUACCCUCGGGUUUGUUUACGCCUUUUUCGUUAUCUCUGAAGUCGCUUCCUUUAAGAGGAAUCACAGAAUCGCUGGUCCAACGUCGUAUGCGGCUCCUUAG